AUGUCUGCAGAAUCCCGCGCCAUUACCGCAGAGCAGUUCAAAAUUGCCAUCCAAGACCUGCCUAUCGAAAACAUCUACUCCAAAGCCAACGAGAUCCGCAAUUCAAUCUCCCACCUCGAACGGUCCAAUAAACAACUACAAGAGUACAGCGAUAGCAUAAAGUCGGAUACAUCCCUUCCAGACGAAACAAGACAAGAAGGGGACAAAGACUGUCUAGAAGCGGUGGAAGAGAACAGUAUCGUAAUUGCCCGGCAACAAGAGAGAAUCGAUCUUUUGAAACAAGAGGUUGAGAGACGAGGUGGUCGAUGGCAUGAAAGUCAAGACACAAAUGGGAAGGUGAAUGGAGAAGCCGACGCACCGGUGGAAUCGCGGAGUGGAGGUCGACUCACGGAUGAGCAGCUUCGUCAACAGAUGCUUGACAGGCUUGGAGAUGAUGAUCAAGAUGAUGAUUCUGGCAUGCAUCUAUGA